UCUAUUUUACUCUUUAUUGUUUUAAAUUUAUUUUAUUUGGCGAGAAAUAGUUUUUACUGUUCUUAUUCUUAGCCAUGUUUCGGAAUCCAGAUCCUUGUUCCCUGAAACAUGUUAGUCCAUGCUGAGACUAUCGUUGUUCUCCAGUUAUGAGCAUAAAGAAGUAGGGAAGCCUUAAUACUAGCUUUAUCCCAGCUCUGCCCCAAUUAGAAUUUACAUUCAACUGUUGUUUUAUUCCCUUUCUUUUAGAAUUAUUAUUUUUACUGACUAACCUCUUUGAUUUUGAUACAGAUGCUUAUUACAUACAUACAUCCCAUCACUGGUUUACUCUCUGUUUUAAGAAUAAUAGAAAAUGUAAGUCCAAAUAUCCUUGAGCUAUUCAUAAGUAGCUGUUUGUCACCACCUUUUGAGGCUUAGUAAAACCACUUCUUGUAAGUAAGUCAGACAAAGCCAGACCUUUGGAAUUCAGCAGGUCAAUUCAAGCUGAAGUUUCCUGAGAAAAAUACACCUUAAAUGACAAAUUUGAAUGUAUAUAUUGCCAAGAAUCAACUCUCAAAACUUCUUAAUAAAGUGUGAACAGUUGCAUGAACUUAGUCUAUUUGAAGUCUUAGUACCUGAAAUUGAUCCCUAACAAACAGGUUAAGAGCAUGGCCUUAAUUAAAUCUAUAUUCUCUUUUUGUAUGUCAAAUUAUUCUCUUUAAAUAUUUAUUUUCAGCCUACCCCUCUUGUAUUCCCAUGGAAGCAACUGGGUAUAUUUAAUAUUAGGAGCACAUCCAGAAGUCUUUGAGGAGGGGGAUGGCUCUUCAUAUUCAUGAAGCCUGCGUACUUCUGUUGGUCAUCCCUGGAUUGGUCACUUCUGCUGCCAUCAGUCAUGAAGACUACCCUGCUGAUGAAGGCGAUCAGACCUCCAGUAAUGAUAAUCUGAUCUUUGAUGACUAUCGAGGGAAAGGGUGUGUGGAUGACAGCGGCUUUGUAUACAAGUUGGGAGAACGAUUUUUCCCAGGGCAUUCCAACUGUCCGUGUGUCUGUGCUCUGGAUGGACCUGUUUGCGACCAGCCCGAAUGCCCUAAAAUUCACCCAAAGUGUACUAAAGUGGAACAUAAUGGAUGCUGUCCUGAGUGCAAAGAAGUGAAAAACUUUUGUGAAUAUCAUGGGAAAAAUUACAAAAUCUUGGAGGAAUUUAAGGUAUGAAUGACCCUCCAUAUUUGUUGAAUACUAACGUUUCACACCACAUGCAUAGAAUAUUACUUAAAAAAUAAAGCUAGAAAACUAUAUUUUUAAAUCUCCUUCUUAAUUGAAAACAGUAUUAUUCUACAUAACAUAAGUAGCCUGUGGUCAACAAGUAGUGAAUUGGUUUGCUGAUCGAUAAUCUCUGGUGUUUCAUAAUAUCGUUUCCCUGCAGAACUAUGUGGGACAUCUUGAUGUCUUUUAUAUUUUGCCUUUGAACUUUUCUUUUGUGUUAUUACAACACUUGUCUUCUUGGGGAAACUUAGUUUUAUUUAUAGACUAUGGGUCUUGUAAACUAAUUUUUAAAUCUUGUUGGAUUUUUUUGUGGUUGAUUAGCUGGUAUUUGGAACCAUUUUACUGUGGUCUAGAAUUACUUGUUUAGUAUGUGGAAAAGGAAGCACUACAGAGACACACAACUGAGCUGUGGACUUCAUAUUAAGAACAUACUAUAAACCCAUUCUGUUCUCUGCUAACUAGACUUUCUUCUUCCAGGAUCCCACAAAGAACUGAAUUUUAUCUCAGUCCAUUGUAAAAAGUAGUUUAAAA